UGGCAUGGCACUGACUUCAUUGUCCAGCACAGGAGAAAGACAGCUUUACAGAAUCAGCUGCAGCAUUGAAUUGAGAAUUUGGUGACUCCCAUCCUUCACUAUGGACUCAGAAAAUACCCUGCAUGACAAACUGCUUCAACUAGAGUGUCACUUCACAUGGGGUUUGAAAAAAGAAGAAAUUAAGAUGAACGAUUUGGAAAUUACAAUACUUGAAAAUAUACAAUUCUGCAAGGAAAAAUAUAAGGGAAAACUGUACAAUAACCUUGCUUAUGUGAAGCACCUACAAGGUUAUAAUGAAGAAGCCCUGAAAUAUCUAGAACAAGCUGAAGAGAUAACAAAGAAGGACCAUGAAGAUGAAUUUGAGAAGCUGGCCAUUGUCACUUAUGGAAACUUUGCUUGGGUGUACUAUCACAUGGCUGAGCUCACCAAAGCCCAGAUCUACCUGGAGAAGCUGGAAGACAUUUGCAAGACGUUCCCCACAGCCUCCCGCUACAGUGUCCUCCUUCCUGUUGUGUAUGGGGAAAAGGGAUGGUCCUUUUUGAAGGUUUGUGAUGAGAAACAUUAUAAGAUAGCAAAAUAAUGUUUUAAAAGGGCUCUUGAAGAAGAGCCAGAUGAGAAGGAGUGGAAUGCAGAUUAUGCCAUUGUGCUGUACCGCCUUGAAACGUUUGGACCUUCAGUUUGUGCUGAAGACUCAGUUGCACUAAAACAGUUACAACACGCUCUAGAGCUAGAUCCAGAAAACCCAGUUCUCAUGGUACACCUGGGUAUGAAACUGCAGGUUUAUGAACAAAAUGAGGAAGCCCUGAAAUUAGUGAAUCAAGCUCUGAGGCUGUCACCAAAUAACCCCCAAAUUGCUAGAUAUGCAGCAAUGUUUUUCAGAAAACAUGGCUGUCCAGACGAAUCCUUGGAAAUAUUAAAAGAGUCGUUGAAAGCAGCUCCUGAUUCAUUUCCUCUACACCAUCAAUUAGGACUUGCCUACAGAUCCAAAAUUGGUAAAUUCCAGGGACAGUGGAAUCAGGAUCCCACAGAGGUUGAUAAAUUUGUGAAAUUAAGUAUUGUACACUUAGAAAAGGCUGUUAGGAUGAAACCAUUAAAUGUUCAUGCUAAGUUAGCCCUGGCACAAAUGUAUGCAGAAUGUAACAACAUGACACAAGCAGAAGCUAUAUAUCAGAGGUUAUUUGACAUGUCAUUUGCAUGGCUUGAUGAGACACAGGGCUUGCAUUAUUGUUUUGGGAACUUCCAAUAUUACAACAAAAAAUCAGAGCCUGAUGCUAUUAAACACUAUAAAAUUGGGUUACAGAUGCAAAAUACAUCUUCACGAGGCAAUCAAUGUUAUGCUAAACUACAAAAAAUUGCCGGAAGACGUAUUGAAAGAAAUCCAUGUGAUGCAGAAGGUUUUGCCAUUUUGGGUUCAGCUCAUGAACUUAGAAAUGAGAAAUCACAAGCUAUCAACUGCUAUAAGAAGGCAUUGGAGCUUGACCCAGGCAAUGCAAAAUACAGGCAUGCUGUUCUUGAUCUGUGUGGAUCAUUGCAGUAGAAAUGCAAAAAAAGAAAAUAAAAUACAGGUAAAAUAAAAUGCUGAAAUGUUAUCACUGAAUUAACAUUUCACAAACAUGUCCCUAUGAUAUGCUCUUAAAAAAUACUGUAUUAAAAGAAAUGAAAAUUAAAUGACAGCAGUGGGAAUAUUUCUUAGUAUUCCUGUUUGGUUAUUUUCUGAUUGUGACUGUAUGACAACAUAUGCAUCUGUUUUUAAAUAUUAAAGAGCUGUUACUAUUUGGAUAAAUAACCUCAAAAACGUAUAAUUGAAAAUUAUACUAUGCCUUAAUUAUGUGAUGUGGAUUGACCCAAUUAACUGAUUUGUAUCAUUGUUUACCAGCUUUUCAUCAUUAGUGUGUUGUUUCAACUUUUAAAAAUUGUGAAUUAUAUAAUUUAAAAUGGUUCUUUAUUCUAAUUGUGAUAUGAAUUGACAAAAAUGCAAUUGAACUUCGUCAUUGCUUAUCUGCUUUUAAUUAUUAAAGAUGUGUUUUUAAUUUGAUUCAUAAUUGUGAAAUGUAUAAUCAGUAAUAGUAUUAUAAUUUAAAUAUGUGAUGUGAUUUGACUAAUUGAAAAUGUUAUCAUUCCGAUUGUGAUGUAACUAAUUGAUACUUUGUUACUCUAUGUAAGUGACUUCUGUGAUGAAGACCUAGCAGUCGAAACACCAUUGUCUUGUUUUUUUAAAGCUGAAAUUAUAAAAUAAAUGUCUAGACGUUGUCUGAGAAAGUGCAGUCUUUAUUUUAAAAAGCUGAAUAACCAGCUGCUGAUUUCACAAAAUGUGCUGAUGUGUGACUGAUAUGUUAUCACUGUAUACACUUUGCACAAAUGAUUCCUUAUAAUAUGCUCUACCUUAGGAAAUACUAAAAUAAAUUGAA